GGGAGGCUGCCUGGAUGAGCUCAUCCCUCCAGCAGCUGCAUAGCGCAGCGAGGCGAACCCGUAACUUUGUAUCAAACUUCGGAGUUGCCUUUCGUGGAGGAGGGGGGAAGAGACAGCCGGGGGCACGGUCGGGUGUGCGAACCGACACGACGAGGCUUCCGGCGAAGGGAUGUGUAAGAAAAAUGCCAUGGGGCAGCGUUGACACAUUCAGGAAAGUAAUAUGCAAGCUUGAGUGCUGAAGAAGUGGGUUUGGCCCGUCACUUUUUCUGCAUCUUCACGUGUUGAUCCAGACAAUCAAUCUGCUCAUGAAGGCAGGCAGCAGCAUCCCAUCCCAGAGGCAGCCAUGUCUACCUGCUAAGUGCCUUUAGCCUUUGGCACUGGUGUCACGACCAGCCUGAAGCGCCCACCAAUGGAGCGCACCGUUGGGGGUUCCAUCGCGGCCACUGACGAGUUUUACACCCGCCAUCUCCGUAUGGUCAACGGAGGGGCUGUGUCAACACGCACAGACAAUGCCCAUGCCACUGUGAGCACAGGAGUGCCUAAAAUGGGUGUACGGGCUCGGGUGGCUGACUGGCCCCCAAGGAAAGACAUUGCAGGUGCUCUGUGGCACUCAACUACGGAGCCAGAGAACUCCUCUGUGGGAAAAAGUCACAUUAAGUUAGGCUCUAUUAUGAGCCCUCAGGACUCAUCGAUGCUGCGUAACAUCCACAAUACCUUGAAGAAUCGCACCCAGGCCCAGGCUAACAAUUACAGCCCUGAAACUUGUUACCUGGCCCCGGGAGACUACAGAGGUCCUGCACAUAGAAAUCCACGGCAGAGACGCAUUCGUCAGCGCAGCAACAGUGACAUGACCAUCAGUGAGAUGGAAGGCAGUGGGGACAGUGGAGAAGACUGGGGUCCAUCAUCGGGCGCUAAAUGGUCCCCUAUUCACCGUGAAUACGGCAGCACCUCCUCAAUAGAUCAGCAUGGAGCAGCUGGAGAAAGCUUCUUUGAAAUGCUCAAGGGAUAUCAAGGGGAUAAGGUUGACCAGCGUAGCCCUGCUCCAGAGAAACUGGAGGACAUACUGAACAUUGGGUCCAAGCAGGCCGCCACUGAUCUUCUUCAGGAGGACGUGGCCAGCCAGCCUCCUAAAGCUAAGGACAGAGAUAAGCCCCCCAAAAGACGCACUAAGUCAGAGACAGGGGGUGAGUCUAUAUUCCGCAAACUUCGGAAUGUGAGGGGUGAGUUGGACUCCCCCAGAGCGGGGUCUGACGCAGAGGACAGCCGCACGGAGGACAUGGGCCCCCCUCUUAAGCCCUGGGUGUGUCAGAAAGGAUUUUCCCACUACGAUGUUCAGAGCGCGUUGUUUGACUUCAACGAAGUCAUUCAGUUGCGGCACACUGCAGGCAAGAGGAAAAACACCACCACUGGGGCUUCCGCUGCUGCUGUAGCCUCGGCUACCUCCACCCUCUCCUCCACCCACAGCCUGCCUUACAGCUCCCCGAGUGGCAGCCAGGAAGAGCUCAGUUCUAGGGACAGUCCCGGUCUGGACGCAGGAGAGGAACAGAGCAACGAAAUGCUGCUGACUUGCCCUUGCUUCCGCAACGAGAUAGGCACUGAUGGCAAUGGAAGGCGCCGUUUGGGAGCAGGCGGGAUGGGGUAUUAUGGGCUUGUGGGUGGUGGAAGUAACAGUGGCUCAGGGCCCCUAAUUGGAGAAGGAAACUUGUAUGAAACUUCAGUGAGCACGCACUGCACUAAUGCUGGAGUAGCAGUCCUCGAGGGGCCAAAGGAGGGCCCCAGCGCGCUCAGCGAAAAAGGCAAACAAUACAUUGUGGAGCAUGUGGACCUGGGAGCCUACUACUAUAGGAAAUUCUUCUACCUUAGGGAGCACUGGAACUACUUUGGGAUAGACGAGGCGCUCGGUCCCGUGGCGGUGAGCUUGCGCAGGGAGAAACUGGAGGAGGAAAAGGAGCAUGGCCACCAGUAUAAUUACCGCCUCAUCUUCAGAACUAGCGAGCUAACAACUCUGCGAGGUUCUAUCCUUGAGGAUGCAGUGCCCUCGACCUCAAAGCAUGGCACCACCCGAGGGCUGCCCAUCAAAGAUGUCAUGGAGUACCUGCUUCCCGAGCUGGAUCUGCCCUGCCUCAGACUGGCACUCAACACACCCAAAGUCACCGAGCAGCUGAUGAAACUGGAUGAACAAGGGCUGAGUUUUCAGGUAAAGGUGGGGGUGAUGUACUGCCGAGCGGGCCAGAGCACUGAGGAGGAGAUGUACAACAACGAGAUGGCCGGUCCCGCCCUGGAAGAGUUUCUCCAACUGCUGGGAGAGAAAGUUCGCCUUAAGGGCUUUACAAAGUACAGAGCCCAGCUGGACACCAAAACGGAUUCCACGGGAACUCACUCCCUGUACACUUCAUACAAGGACUAUGAGCUCAUGUUCCAUGUGUCGACUCUGCUGCCUUACACACCCAACAACAAACAACAGUUGCUGAGGAAGCGCCACAUUGGGAACGACAUUGUGACGAUUGUGUUCCAGGAGCCUGGCGCUCACCCUUUCACCCCCAAGACCAUUCGCUCCCACUUUCAACAUGUCUUCAUCAUUGUUCGGGUGCACAACCCCUGCUCUGACAGCACGUGCUACAGUGUGGCUGUUACCCGUUCCCAGGACGUUCCCGUCUUCGGCCCUCCAAUUCCCAAGGGCGUGACCUUCCCCAAGUCCACGGUCUUCAGGGAUUUCCUGUUGGCCAAAGUCAUCAACGCUGAGAACGCCGCCCACAAGUCAGACAAGUUUGGUGCCAUGGCGACACGUACACGGCAGGAGUACCUCCGGGACUUAGCGGAGCGUCACGUGACCAGCACACCGCUGGAACCCACCGGAAAGUUCCCCUUCAUCUCUCUGGCACACAAGCGACGAGAGAAGGUGCGUCCAUACAGCGGGGCGGAGCUCCGGAGCCUGGGGGCGGUGACCUGGCAGGUGCACGCUGAAGAUCAGGUAGCCGGGGCUGAACGCGAGUGCCUACUGGCCAUUUCCAAUGACUUCAUGAUCCUGAUGGAUCAGGAGGCCAAAGCGGUCGUGUUUAACUGUGCCACACGUGACGUGAUUGGUUGGUCAACGGGGAGCCCCGCCUCCAUGAAGAUCUACUAUGAGCGCGGCGAGAGCGUGUCACUGCGCUCCAUCAACAACAACACAGAAGACUUUGGAGAGGUUGUCAAAAGACUUGAGCUGUUGACCAAGGGCUGUCAGACCACAGAGAUGACCCUGCGCCGCAACGCUCUGGGCCAGCUGGGUUUUCACGUCAACUUUGAGGGCAUUGUGGCCGAAGUGGAGCCCUACGGUUACGCCUGGCAGGCUGGGCUGCGGCAGGGCAGCCGACUGGUGGAGAUUUGCAAGGUGGCGGUGGCCUCACUGUCUCACGAGCAGAUGAUCGACCUGCUCCGGACCUCCGUCACUGUGAAGGUGGUCAUCAUUCCUCCACACGAGGACUCCACACCACGCAGAGGCUGCUCAGAAAUCUACCAUAUGCCACUUGUGGACUACAAGAACCACAAGGAGGGCAUGCCCUACGAGUUAAAGUUCCCCUUCCGCCCCACCAACAACAACAACACCAAGUGGCCACGCACCUCAUCCAGCCCUCAAACACGCGCUGCUGGCACAGGGGGAACGCUGAUCAAGGCCCCGCCCUCGGACCUCAGCGACCGUAACUGUGCUGCUAUUCCUCGAAGUGUGUCCAGCGAUGGCCGGCCCCUCAACCCCAAAAGAUAUUCCCCAGGGAACGACAACUACGCUCUGGCCUGCUCCAUCGUGAUGGGUCGCACGCUGCACAACACAAACUCCCCUUCAAGCCUCUCCUACACAGACACCAUGGGCUCCACCCACUGGAGGCAGAAGUCUGCCCCUGAAGGGUUUAAUAACAACAACUGCCAGUCCCCAGUGUCAUCAGUGCGGCAGGUAGCAGGUGAUGGAGCCAAUGGGAUGAAAGUUUGCUCCAGCUCUGGUGUUGGAUGGUCCCUGACAGGGGAGGUCGACACAUCCAGCAGACUGGGGGACAAAACAAAUGCAGACACGGUGGUUUCCAAGGUGGUGAUUCCUCGACUGCAGCUGACAGAGCAGAGCAGCCACAUGUCUCCGCACAAAAGCAGCAAGGUUGAUGCUCCAUAUUCAUCCAGCCAGUCGAGCAGCAACACGCUCUCAAGCAAUGCCUCCAGCUCCGCCCACAGCGACGAGAAAUGGUACGAAGUCAGCUCACGUUCAGGGGUACGGAGUGAUCUCGAGCUGAACGGCUACCUCCAGGGCGCAUCCACCGACAGCGGCAUUGACGCCACUUCCUUCACCGCCACCCAAAGCAGCACUGCUUCCUCCACCGGUGCCUCCAGGGCCAAGGACAAAAUCCCAUGGCAGGAAGAACCUGCAGGCAGCCACAGGGACUCUGACGAAUCACCUCCAACGCCAGACUCACUUGUUGCCAUGGGCGGUGGCGACAUCCUGGCGAAGAGCCCAUCGGCCUUUCCGCUCGUUCCUGACGGUGGCUCCUACAGCCUGAACGACGCCACGUCCCAAUCCAGCACGCUCAGUUCUGGCCACUCAGGGAGUCCAAUGGGUCGCGGCUGCAGCCCCGUGUCACCACAGGACGAGGCGGCUGCGUCAGCCUCUUCAUCCACGUCCCACAACUCCCAGUCUCCGGGGUCGAAGAGUUUCUACCCUCGUCAAGGUGCGACCUCGAAGUACCUGAUUGGCUGGAGGAAACCUGGGGGAACCGUCAACUCUGUGGACUUCGGCAGCACUCGCAAACGGCACCAGAGUGAUGGUCUCCUAAGUGGCCAACCACAGCUAAGGGCCAAUCUCCGUGGAUCACAGUCGCCCCAGCGGCACACUGCUAAGUCCAGCCUGGAAGAAGACUUGAAGAAGCUCAUCACACUAGAUAGCCCUCCACCUACUACAAGUGAUGAGAAGCCGUUGUUUCCGGGCCCGCCACCCAGCCGGCGAUCCCUUCAGAGAACGCUGUCAGAUGAGAGUAUCUACAGCGGGCAGAGGGAGCCUUCCUCCAGCGGACAACGUGACACACCCACUGACCUUCUGUUCAGCUGCUCCACCAUGCCGCGCUCACCCACCACUCGCCACGGACCGAGCCGGCGAGCGUCACACAAAUCCCUGGGAGACCUGUCAGCGACAGAGAGCUCAGAACUGGAGAGGAAGAGGCAGCAGCUGCAGGAGUCUGCCCUCAUGCCCCUGCCUGACGCUGGGGCAGACGGCCCGCUGGACUGGGCCCACCUGGUACACGCUGCCAAGGCCUUUGAGGAACAGAGGUUGGUCUUCUUGGCAGCCCAGGAGGAGAGCUCCAUAGCUGAAAAUGCAGCAGCCACCAGCCCCCAGCAGGCCGAGCCUCAGGCAGCCCCACUGCGACAACCCUUGCCUGGAGAGACUCCAGCCUGUCUGAUGGGGAAGGUGAGCCAGCUGGAAUCUAUGGUGAAGGUACUACAGGACGACCUGAAGAAGGAGAAGGAUGCCAAGGUGUCACUGCAGGCUCAGAUCCAGGGCCUGCGAGAGGACAACCAGCGACUCCUGGAGGAGUCCUACAGCGCCUCAGCCAAGCUCAAGAAGUUCACCGAGUGGGUCUUCAACACCAUUGACAUGAACUGAUGCAUGCAGCCGCCGACUGCUCUGUAUUAGGAGUUUGACCACUACUGUACACACUUUAGGGUCCAUCUAGGAUCAUCCAAAAGCUGUUCAUUAACAGGAACUCGCAACAUGAACCGCUUCUCUUGGGCUUCUACAAACCAGUGCCAACACAGACUUAAACCGUUCAUGCCAUCCAUCUUCAGCCUUCUGGAUCUGUGGUAAAAUCAGCAUGACAGACAACAAAUAAAUACAAGAAAAGACACAGGAAGGCAGAAACAGAGCAGUGGUCUAACUGUGUGACAGUUUCGAUCAGCAUGCACUCCCUUCCCUAAGAUUUUUUUCAAAAAAUGAUGAUGCUUUGUGUCCAAUCACAUGGAUUGUUGGUGUCCCUGCAUGCCAGAGAGAGCAAGAUGUUGAAACUAACCUAAAGGGAUUGAAAAUUACUGUCCCCAUUUAGCUCCGCGGCUAACCUAAUUACGAGUGAGCAGAUUUCCAAUUAAAAAGCUCCAACGCAGUUUGAAAUUUGUUCAUCCCAUGCAAGAGUUGGUGAAAUUAGCCCGGCGUUCCCCUGAUAAAGGUUGACACUUUCUAGAUUUAAGUGAUAGUGUGUUGUACAUGAAAUGCUGUUUCUCCAAUUUUCACAUUUCAGUCUUAACGGCACUGAUAAUUAUUUUUAUUACUAACCAAAAGAAGAGAAGCUAUAAAAGAUGCUUUUACGGUAGCAGUGUGAGUAGGUAGACACAGACAGAGAGACUAUUUGCAUAGCACAUAACGUAAACACUGUAAGGUCAAGUGCCUGUCUGUAUUGCCUAUGUAAUAAGAUGGUACAAGCGUAUCAAAUGUAUGAUUUGUCGAGGGUUAAAAGCAAGUAAAACUUGUACAGGACUACUGGUCACAAGAUGAUGAAGACAAAAUAUAUUGUAAAACUGAAUAUUAUGGGUGCCAUAAAUAUAGAAAUUUACAAUUCAUUGUCACUUAUUCAGAGUAUUGUAAAUAUAUGAUGUUUACGCAAAUUUUCUCAUUCCUUCCCUUGAUAUGAUACUGUUAUGUGAAGAGUAUUUAUGACAAAGAUGAUGGCCAAUUUAAGAAAAGCAGCCAUAUGCAGUCAGAGAUCUGCAUGUAGUUAAUAUAAUAGUCUGCCUCCUUUUAUGAGAAAAAUAUAUAUCCUUUAACCAAAACAAAGGCUCCCACCGGAGAGGCAAGAUUUUGAUCCAAAAUAAUGAUUAUUUUCAUUUCGUUACAGAUUAUUUCCAGCCUUGCCCGAAGCAGAGCCCUAGAGCUGACAUGUAAAAUGCUACAUGGAAAUUAACCCCCUCCUCCAUCCAUAGCAUGCUGAAAGGCCUCAAUCUGACCCUCAACUCUCUCCAUAGAUUAAAUCGGUACGGUUCAGUUAAUAAAUUAGAUAUGUGUAUAUCCUGAAAUUCUAGCUACAGGUCUCUGUAGCGCGUGAAUCUGCCUGUAAGCCCAAUCUGAAUUUGGUCUGUGCGCCCAGACAAAGACCUUAUUGAAGCUUCAUACUGUAACUGUUUCCUUUUGUACUCGGAUACUGUGCAACUGUAUAUAAGGAGAAUUUGAUAUUCAUCAGAAUUUGCACCAAAAAUUAUUUUUGAUGUAAUUCUGCUCUAUUGGCUUGGAUGUAGUGAAGAGCGACGGGAGCAAUUUGAAAAAAGACAAGGGAGCCAGACUCGGGGAGGAGAGAGUCCCCAGGGCUCCGCGCACAGCAGAUCGUCCCUGCAACCUUUCUUCUCAACAUGUGUGACCGCAUGUAAUCCUGUUUCCAUUGAGCUGUGAUGUGUACAAAUGUUUAUAUCUAUUAAAAAAAAUAUUUUGUUGAAUUACA